CCGUUUUGCCCCUGUCAAGUAAGAACCAAAGUGAUCCACGACACGACACCCAUUUAAUUUAUACGAUUAAAAUGCUAUUGCAGACGCUGAGUUUGUUGGCUCAACUUCUACCCAAAUAGUUUACUAUUGGGGAAAUCAAACGAGAUGGCGGGGGCUUCUCUGGCGUAAUCAACAGCCCACCGUUCUUCCAAGAAAGAAAAAACAUGAAUAAAUAGUGCAAAUCGGGAGUACCCAGUUUAAGGAAUUUUCUUAUCAGUGAAAUCACACAAUGUCGCAGAAGUAUGAGGAAGCUGAGUACCCAAUUAAGCGCGGGGAUUCCAUGAUGUCUUUCGAGGACUUUGUGAGCGUGAACAAUGAUGGCGAGAACCAGUCCGCCGCCGGAUCAUGGAGUCUUCGACACCAGGGUAGGUCGCUCCGAGAUUUUCUUCAGUCGAAUCGGAACGAUCACCAUGCUGUCGAAAUGAUGGAAAGCAUCCAUUCUAAUCUUCCACCGGCGCUGCCGUUUAUACUGAGGUUCAGGAAUCUCACUUACAGUGUUUCGACCAGGACUCGUUUCAGUAAGAACCGGCUACAGGCCGCCGACCGGAUCGAGAAUUUGCAGCACAAGUUGGUUCUGAACGACGUUUCGGGCGAGGCGAGAGAUGGCGAACUGUUUGCUGUUUUGGGGCAGAGCGGGUCUGGGAAGUCGACGUUAAUUGACGCGCUUGCGCACAGAAUUUCGAAAGACAGUUUGAAGGGGACAGUGACUCUCAACGGUGAGCCACUCGGCGGGCGGGUGCUGCGCAGUAUUUCGGCUUAUGUUAUGCAGGACGAUUUGCUUUUCCCGAUGCUCACUGUUAAGGAGACGCUCAUGUAUGCGGCUGAGUUUCGACUGCCGAGGUCGUGUACUUGGGAGAAAAAGCGCGGGCGGGUCGAAGUUUUGAUUGAUCAGUUGGGUCUCCGGGCUGCUGCGGGGACAAUUGUGGGCGAUGAGGAAAAUCGGGGUGUUUCUGGUGGAGAGAGGCGGCGGGUUUCUAUUGGGAUUGAUAUUAUUCAUGACCCCAUUUUGCUCUUUCUUGAUGAGCCCACCUCUGGUUUGGAUUCGACCAGUGCUUUCAUGGUUGUGAAGACUUUGCAGCGGAUUGCAAGGACGGGUAGUGUGGUUAUCAUGUCGAUUCAUCAGCCCAGUUAUAGGAUUCUUGGCCUCCUUGAUCGGCUCAUCCUUUUGGCUCGUGGCCAGACUGUUUUCAGCGGCUCGCCUGACCGGUUGAUGCCUUACUUUGCAGAGUUUGGGCAUCCUAUUCCGGAGAAUGAGAACAGCACGGAGUUUGCUUUGGAUUUGAUACAGGAACUGGACGCAUCUGACGGGGGAGUAAAACCACUGGUGGAGUUCUUCAAGUCAUGGAGAAGGACCCCAAAAUACGGAGAAAUAUCAGACGUUCACACGAGGAGCCUGAACGAGACCAUAAAUGCGAGCAUAGCGAGAGGAAAACUGGUAACAGAGUCAAACUCCUCAGGCCAAGUAGCCGAUUUUGCAAACCCACCAUGGGUAGAAAUGUCAGUUCUAAUAAGGAGGGCCUUCAUGAACAUCCGCCGCACGCCGGCACUCUUCUUGAUGCGCCUAGCAACAGUAAUGGUCACAAGCUUCAUGCUGGCCACCAUAUUCUGGAAGCUAGACCACAGUCCCCAAGGCAUAAGAGAGCGACUGGGCUUCUUCGCAUUUGCCAUGUCAACAACCUACUAUUGCUGUGCCGACGCCCUGCCCAUUUUCCUGCAAGAGCGCUUCAUUUUCAUGCGGGAAACGGCCUACAAUGCAUAUCGACGCUCUUCCUACGUGUUUGCACAGACCCUGGUUCAGAUACCAUCGAUGGUGAUUCUUGCGGUCGCUUUCGCCGUCACUACUUUUUGGGCCGUCGGUUUGGGUGGCGGGCUAUCGGGCUUCGGCUUCUUCGUCUUGGUUCUCAUUGCCUCCUUCUGGUCGGCCAAUUCCUUCGUCACUUUUCUCUCUGGGGCAGUCACAAAUCUGAUGAUCUCUUACACCAUUGUAGUCGCUCUUCUGGCCUAUUUCUUGCUCCUUAGUGGGUUCUUCAUUACUCGGAGCAGGAUCCCACCAUACUGGAUUUGGUUUCAUUACAUUUCUCUGAUAAAGUAUCCUUAUGAAGCUGUGCUUCAGAAUGAGUUUGGGAGGGCCGAUGAGUGCUUUGCUAGGGGAACUCAGGUCUUCGACGGGACUCCUAUGGCCAGUCUUAGCCCUCAGCUUCAGAUGUCUUUUCUUGCUCUUCUUAGGUCGCAAACUAAUAUCAACAUUACUGCGACUACUUGCGUUACCAAGGGGUCUGAUGUUCUGAGCGCGCAGGACGUCACGCAGCUUGAUAAAUGGAUGUGUGUCUUGGUCACUUUCUGCUGGGGUUUCUUCUUCAGGUUCUUGUUCUACAUUUCCCUUCUGCUUGGCAGCAAAAACAAGAGGCAUUGACACCAUUUGCUGCUUCUUCUUUUUUUGUUUUUGUAAUUUUUCUCCCGAUUCCAGUGCCAUGCUCAUUUCUAGAUCUGCAUUUCUUGGUGGCGGAUUUCAUUCUGGUUGAACACUGCCAUCGAAUAAGCAAUGGUCGAAUGGAAAGAUCCUGAAACUGUAUCUACCCAGUUCUGCUUUUUAAUUCAUGGAACUUGUGUCUAGGUAGUUUUUUAAUUUCUCAUAUUUGAUUGACCAACAAAUUAUGUACCAAUUGCAAACUCUAUUGAGUUUUAAGCAAUGUUUAUGAUGAAGAUUUAUUUAAAAUUCAACUUUGGACAGUUAUAUUUACUGGUCUAUUUAA